AGAAAGGGAGAAUACACGUGUGUGCGUGAAGGAGCAGUUCUGUUUUUGGUGGGGUCUGCGUGAGGUGCAUUAAAGUCGAAAUGGGAGCUUUACAUUAUGUGUGUGUUCUGGCUUGCACUGUUUUCGUUUCUCAAGCAAAUGGACUCAAAACUUACCGGGACAUGUUCCCUCACAAGCAUUCAUUGUCGAUGAAGUUCCCGCCGAUCCCUGGUUGGAGCCCAGACAGCAACCCGUGGGAUGACUAUAUCUACCCGCCCUUUGGUCCCAAGGAACUAACGCGGAGAAAAGGUAAACCCGUCAAAGUGCGCCUGACCAGCGACAGUCCAGCAAUCAAAGGUUCUAUGGUGUCAUUCACUGCCAAGCUGGAGUACCCGCCAUGUCAGAAGGAGGACACCAACGGGGAGCUGGUGUGGGAUGAGCACUGUCCAGAUGCUAACAGUCAGCUUAAGUCUGGCUAUGUAUUUAACUGGACCUCCUGGCUAGAUGACUACGGCUUUGGAAAGUGUACUGACCUGAAGAGAUGUAACGUCUUCCCAGAUGGGAAACCCUUCCCUCAGAGCAACGACUGGAGACACAAGGGCUACGUCUACGUAUGGCACUCCAUGGGUCAGUACUCUGAGACGUGUGAUGGCUCCUCUUCCACCCUAACAGUGAACACCAGUGACAUAAUUUUGGGGGCGGAGCUGAUGGAGGUCAUGGUGUACAGGAAACGUGAGCGCAGGAAGUACAGCCCCCUGGCCACCGACAAGGCAGUCUUCUUUGUCACAGACAAGAUCCCAGUGGCUGUGAAUAUUUCCCAGAAGGCAUCAGCCAACCUGUCGGACAGCGUAUUUGUGCGUGGCGAGGAAGUUGUGUUCAGUGUGUCCGUUCACGACCCUAGUGACUACCUGAAGACCGCAGACGCCGUCGACUACAUCUGGGACUUCAAGGACGGCAACCAGCUGGUCACCCAUAGCAACGUAGCCACUCACUCCUACAGUGUGGUAGGAGAUGUCAACGUGAAGCUGAGGGUGGAGGCGACGUUCAAGAUCCCAUGUCCUCCGCCCACACAAACUACAGCGGCCCACACACCUCCCCCUGGCACUCACGCCAUCACUCGCAAAAUGGAGACAACCCAUGGUUUUGUGCCAGUCACCACUGCCAGACCCGCCUCCAACACACCUGUUCCUAUGACUACAGGCUUCCCGACAACAGAGCCCCUCCCCCCGACGGUUGCUGACGUGACCUUGGCGCUGUUCAACCCGAUACAACUUUUUGCACAGUUCUUGCUAGCUGGCCCCACCCCCAUGUCCUUGCCCACUAGCCCUACCCCAAUGUCCCUGCCGGCUGGCCCCACCCCCAUGGCCCAGCUCCGCUACGCACAUCUGGCAGGCAAUGAUUGCUUCCGGUACUUCUACGGAACAUUCCAGACCAACAUCACCAUUAUUGAACCCAAGCACUUCAUCAACAGCCAGCCAGCCAAUCGGAUCCUGGACGUGUUUGCUUCCAAGGUCACCAACACUGACAUAAGCUUCCUGGUCAAGUGCCUGGGCAGCACUCCCACCUCAGCCUGCACCAUCGUCUCGGACCCCUCUUGCCAGCAGGUGAGGAACAUUGUGUGUGAUGACGUGCCCCCAUCGUCGGAGUGCGAGGUGCGCCUGCGGAGGACCUUCCUGGAGCCAGGGACCUACUGUGUCAACAUCACCCUGGAGGACGCCAGCAGUCUGGCCCUCACCAUCACCACCACCAUCACCAUAAGCAACACUGACCCUGACACACCCGAGUCUAAAGCUCCUCAUGCUGCAGAGGUUGUCCUCUCCUCCAGUGCUAUUCUGGUAGCCAUCUUUGCCUUCACUGCCUUCAUGGUCUACAAGCGCUAUAAAGUCUACAAGCGGGUGAGGAGGACCCUGGUGGAGGACGCCAGUGGCCAUGUUGGUGUUGGGGGUCGUAUGGGCCGGCUGAGGGAGGUAAUAUUCCCCACCAACGAGGAGAGUCGCCGCCUGCUGUCGGACAGACACCCCAUGUAGACCCACCAAUGGUACUACAGCCACAGGCUGCAAAUUUGGGGUGUGAAACAUUUUGAAAGGUGCAGAUAGAAAUAACUGGAUUCGCUUUCACACCUGACAGACAAGAAAAUCUGUUCUAUACAAUACAUUUCUAUCUCAAUGUUCUGUAACUUUAUAUAAUCCUUAACAGGCCCCAGGAUUUUUACUCAGAGGUUCUUCAGUACCAAGUUUAAUUUUAGCACGUUCAUAAAUGCAUCACAAAGAAGAUAUCUAUCUAUACCAAUAACUAAGAAAACUAACAACUGUUAAUAAGAUAGCAAGAGGAACAUUUAACUUUUGAUAAUGAAUAUGAAAAUACUAAUGCCUUUUCUGUUUAGUUGACUUUGUUGUAGAAAGGUAUGUCUAUAGGAAGUCUACACCCCCCUUGGAUUUCUUCACAUUGUGUGUUACAAAGUGGGAUUCAAAUGGAUUUCAUUGUCAUUUGUCAACAGCCUACACAAAAGGUAUAUAUUUUAAAGAUGAAUGAAAAAUAAAACACUAACAUACCUUGAUUGGAUAAGUAUUCACCCUGAGUCAAUACGUUAGAAUCCCCUGUAGCGGUGAUUACAGCUUUGCACACCUGUAGUGCAAUAUUUUCCCAUAAAAAAAAUAUUCAAGCUCUGUGAAGGUGUUGAGGAUCAGGGCUAGACAGCCAUAGUUGUUCAAGCUCUGUGAAGGUGUUGAGGAUCAGGGCUAGACAGCUAUAGUUGUUCAAGCUCUGUCAAGGUGUUGAGGAUCAGGGCUAGACAGCCAUAGUUGUUCAAGCUCUGUCAAGGUGUUGAGGAUCAGGGCUAGACAGCCAUAGUUGUUCAGGCUCUGUCAAGGUGUUGAGGAUCAGGGCUAGACAGCCAUAGUUGUUCAGGCUCUGUCAAGGUGUUGAGGAUCAGGGCUAGACAGCCAUAGUUGUUCAAGCUCUGUGGAGGUGUUGGUGAUCAGGGCUAGACAGCCAUAGUUGUUCAGGCUCUGUGAAGGUGUUGAGGAUCAGGGCUAGACAGCCAUAGUUGUUCAAGCUCUGUCAAGGUGUUGAGGAUCAGGGCUAGACAGCCAUAGUUGUUCAGGCUCUGUCAAGGUGUUGAGGAUCAGGGCUAGACAGCCAUAGUUGUUCAAGCUCUGUCAAGGUGUUGAGGAUCAGGGCUAGACAGCCAUAGUUGUUCAGGCUCUGUCAAGGUGUUGGUGAUCAGGGCUAGACAGCCAUAGUUGUUCAGGCUCUGUGAAGGUGUUGAGGAUCAGGGCUAGACAGCCAUAGUUGUUCAAGCUCUGUCAAGGUGUUGAGGAUCAGGGCUAGACAGCCAUAGUUGUUCAAGCUCUGUGGAGGUGUUGGUGAUCAGGGCUAGACAGCCAUAGUUGUUCAGGCUCUGUCAAGGUGUUGGUGAUCAGGGCUAGACAGCCAUAGUUGUUCAGGCUCUGUCAAGGUGUUGGUGAUCAGGGCUAGACAGCCAUAGUUGUUCAAGCUCUGUGAAGGUGUUGAGGAUCAGGGCUAGACAGCCAUAGUUGUUCAAGCUCUGUGAAGGUGUUGAGGAUCAGGGCUAGACAGCCAUAGUUGUUCAGGCUCUGUCAAGGUGUUGAGGAUCAGGGCUAGACAGCCAUAGUUGUUCAAGCUCUGUCAAGGUGUUAAGGAUCAGGGCUAGACAGCCAUAGUUUUUCAAGCUCUGUGGAGGUGUUGAGGAUCAGGGCUAGACAGCCAUAGUUGUUCAAGCUCUGUCAAGGUGUUGAGGAUCAGGGCUAGACAGCCAUAGUUGUUCAAGCUCUGUCAAGGUGUUGAGGAUCAGGGCUAGACAGCCAUAGUUGUUCAAGCUCUGUGAAGGUGUUGAGGAUCAGGGCUAGACAGCCAUAGUUGUUCAAGCUCUGUGAAGGUGUUGAGGAUCAGGGCUAGACAGCCAUAGUUGUUCAAGCUCUGUCAAGGUGUUGAGGAUCAGGGCUAGACAGCCAUAGUUGUUCAAGCUCUGUCAAGGUGUUGAGGAUCAGGGCUAGACAGCCAUAGUUGUUCAAGCUCUGUCAAGGUGUUGAGAAUCAGGGCUAGACAGCCAUAGUUGUUCAAGCUCUGUCAAGGUGUUGAGGAUCAGGGCUAGACAGCCAUAGUUGUUCAAGCUCUGUGAAGGUGUUGAGGAUCAGGGCUAGACAGCCAUAGUUGUUCAAGCUCUGUCAAGGUGUUGAGGAUCAGGGCUAGACAGCCAUAGUUGUUCAAGCUCUGUCAAGGUGUUGAGGAUCAGGGCUAGACAGCCAU